UUUGGUGAAGUGCGGUCCUCCUGCAAAGUGCCCUAAUGGAGCAUCCACUACUAGCUACUACCACUCUCACUUUUGCUUUCCAUAAAGAAGAAAACAAAACCCACACAAAUUAUUCUCACCAAAUACCUCAAAACAAGAACAAAAAUGGAACACAAAUGCUCUUUCUUGUUCGUUCUUGCAGUAAUAUUAAUGUUCAGCUUCUUACAUGAACCUAAAACUGUUUCUUCUUCGUCGUCGUCUGCGUGUAAUGGAUCGAUAGCAGAGUGCUACGCGGAAGAAUAUGAGAUGCUGAUGGAAUCGGAAAUAAGCAGAAGGUUUUUAGAAGAGAAGAAAUAUAUAUCACCCGGUGCUUUAAAGAGAGAUCAGCCGGUGUGUAAGAGUGGAGCUAACGGUCAGUCUUACAGUAGCAGCUGUUUGCCGCCUUCUUCCAAUCCUCAUUCUCGUGGUUGUUCUAAGUAUUAUCGCUGUCGUUCUGAUUCUUGAUUGUGUUUUUAUGAUUAUGUUUCAACUUCAUCCAUAUCUAAUUUAUGACUUGUUAAUACUUCAAGCUUUAAGGUUCCAACUUUAUGAUUUGUUUUAGUUUUCUAUUCAUUUCUACUGCUACCCCACUCGAGUUUUGAAAUGUCCAUGUUCUGUUCGUUAUAUGAAAUUUAUGUUUGUUCGAGCUU